AAUGUAUUGCCCGACGUCCGCAAACAGCAUAUAACUCUUUCAUUUACUACAAAUCCCUCUUUUCAGCAUCUAUUUGCCAAUCGUCUACAGUCUCUUCAUCAUCCAAGAACGCCAUUUAACAAUGACUACCCCACAACCUCCUCACAUAGCUCUGUUCCCCGGUGCUGGAAUGGGCCAUUUGAUGCCGUUCCUCCGGCUCGCGGCAAUGCUAGCAAAGCAAGACAGCAUCGUCACAGUAAUUACAGGUCAACCCACCGUAUCCAUCACGGAGUCAGAUCACAUAUCCUCAUUCCUUCACCACAAUCCCAAAAUCAAUCAUCUUGAACUCCAGCUUGCUCCUAGCUUCCAGCAAGCUGAUUCUGCUCCUGUUGACCCUUUCUUUCUCCAGAUGCAUCACAUCAAUCAGUCAAUCUUUCUUCUCCAUCCACUCUUAUCUUCAUCAUCUCCACCUUUUUCCGCUAUAUUUGUGGACUUCCCUCUAGUUGCCAAGGUUGCUCCAAUUGCUAAGACCCUUGACCUCCCUAUUUAUAUUCUUUCCACCACCUCAGUUGCUUUCGUCUCCCUAAUGGCAUAUCUUCCAGUGCUGACAUCAAACCCAGCUGAGUUCAACAAAAAUUCCGCUGAAAUCAAGAUACCAGGAUUGCCACCCAUGGCCAUGUCAAGCAUCCCACCAGUAUUCCUUGAUUCCAGUGAUCUUUUUACGUCAACCAUUCUUACAAACUGUCAAGCUCUAUCAGAGGCCAAAGGAAUCUUGAUGAACACUUUUGAGUGGUUCCAAGCAUCUACCCUUGCUGCUCUCAACAAAGCUAAGGUGAUUAAAAGCUUGCCACCCGUUCUGCCUAUGGGGCCAUUAGAACCAUAUCAUCUUCCACAUGAUGAUGAUGGGGAUCAAUACAGGUCAUGGCUGGAGAACCAGCCAGCUCUAUCUGUAGUGUAUAUUAGCUUUGGUAACAGAACGGCGAUGUCCAGAGAUCAGAUAAAAGAGUUGGAAAAAGGGCUGGAGAAUACUGGGUGGAGAUUCUUCUGGGUCCUAAAAACCAGUAAAGUGGAUAAGGAUGAGCAAGAGGAUGCAAAACACUUUCUGAAUCAUUCCUUCUUGGAGAAAAUAAAGGACAAGGGGUUGAUCAUAAAGGGGUGGGUUGACCAGCUGGAGAUUCUAAGGCAUCCUGCCAUUGGAGGGUUCUUAAGUCAUUGUGGGUGGAACUCGGUGAUGGAAGCAGCUCUAGAGGGAGUCCCAAUACUUGCCUGGCCACAACACGGUGAUCAAAGGCUGAAUGCACAGGUCAUGGAGGAUGCGGGAUUGGGACUCUGGGAGAGGAACUGGGAUUGGGGUCCCAAUGUUAUUGUAAAAGGGGAAGAGAUUGAGAAGAAGAUUGUAGAGUUGAUGACAGAUGAGAAGUUGAGAGUGAGAGUCAAGGAGGUAAGAGAGGAGGCUAGGAAGGCUAUUGGGAGAGGUGGGAGCUCUGAUAAGGUGAUCAGAGAAGUAGUUAAUUCGUUAAUUACUCCUUUCUAACAGAAGGUACAUUUGUCAUAUGAAGCUCUGAACUAAAGAGUGUUGGCUCAAAAUCUACAAUAUGCAAUGGAUGGUCAAGUGAUUGAUAAAGAUUGCCCUUGGUGAAUUAAAGAUCAAUGAAGAAAGCAAAUUUGCAAAUCAAUCCACGAUUGUGCCUUCACAUGAAAAAGAAAUAAAAGUCAAUGAAGCACGAUCUGAUUAUCUGUGCCUAGGAUCGUGAUGUUUCUGUGCAUUCUUAGUUUUGUAUCAUGUUUGCUACUGCCUUCAAUAUAUGAUAUAUGUAAUGUAAUGCAAAGA